AGAGAGGGCUGUGUGUGGGGUAGGUUUGUUAGAACAACCGUCAAAGACCAACUUUGUAAGAGACAGAAAGAACAUCUGCAAAUACAAUGCUGUUUCUGCAACUUGUGUUGCUGGUGGUUUUCCUCCCAGGCAGUGACAGUGAAGAUGCUGUGCAGGAGCCAAUUUCCUUCCAAAUUACCCUGACCGUAUCCUUUUACAACCGUUCCUGGACACAAAGUCUGGGUUCAGCUUGGCUGGAUGAAAUACAGACUCAUGGCUGGGACAACAAGACUGGUGCUUUCAUUUUCUUGUGGCCUUGGUCCAAAGGCAACUGGAGCAAUGUGGAACUGAUAAAAUUGGAAAAGUUACUCUACGCAUACUUCGUUGGACUUCGUCAGGUGUUUCAAGACCAUGUCAAACACUGGCAGCUUGAAUAUCCAUUUCAGAUACAGCUGGCAGAAGGCUGUGAGCUACACUUUGGGGAAGCAUCAGUAGGAUUUGUGAAGUUUGCUUAUCAAGGGGCAGAUCUCACAAGCUUCCAGAACAUGACAUGGUGGCCAUCUCCAAAGGGAGGAAGUAGGGCUCAAGAGGUCUGCAAACGAUUCAAUCAGUACCAUGUGCUCAAUGAAGAAAUAUACACAUUCUUCAGUGACACCUGCCCCAAGUUCCUUUUGGGUCUUCUUGAUGCAGGAAAGGCCGAUCUCCAGCGGCAAGUGAGACCAGAGGCCUGGCUGUCCACUGGCCCCAGCCCUGGUCCUGGUCGUCUCUUGCUGGUGUGCCAUGUCUCUGGGUUCUACCCAAAGCCUGUGUUGGUGAUGUGGAUGCGUGGUGAGCAGGAACAACAAGGCACCCAGCAAGGUGAAGUCCUGCCCCAUGCUGAUGGGACAUGGUAUCUUCAGGUGUCCUUGGAUGUGAAAACCAGGGAGGCAGCUGGUCUGUUGUGCCGGGUGAGGCACAGCAGUCUAAGAGACCAGGACAUGGUCCUCUACUGGGAGCAACCCCACUCCAAGGGAUUGGUUUUCCUGGCAGUGAUGGUGCCCUUGGUGCUUCUGGCAGGUCUGACGUUGUGGCUCUGGAAGUGCUGGAAAACACAAUGGAGACAUCAGUGCACUGGCUUCUCUUUGGAGUGAGAUCCUGACAGCCUCAGCUCCAGUACUUACUUAAACCCAACUUGGUGGUGAUGUGCUUGCAACUCUCUGUGUGCAACUUUGUCUUUCAUUUUUGCUUGAUGACCAGUUGUCAAUAUACGCUUAGUGUGAUAUACCAGGAUUUGUUGUUGUGAGCUGAUUCUGGGACCUUAAAAUUCAAAAUUUAACUCCGUAUGGAAAAAAGUCCCAGAACCUCCAUGGGACAUCAGACAUGAAAUGUCAUUUUCUUCAGAGUCUUCUCUGAUUCACUAGUGGAAGCCGUCUCUGCCUGGUGGGAAUUCUCACAACCUUUACUUGCACUUUGGCAAAUCUAUUUCUGAGCCCCACCCAAUGUAGACCCUAGUGAGGUGCUUUUUCUCCUUCUAAUUCUU